AUGCGUUUCACGGUGCCGCUCCUCGUCGUGGCCCUGCUCUGCCUCGGCGGUGGCGGCCGCGUGGCGGCGUCCACAGACUUCAACUUCCCGGCGGUGUUCAACUUCGGGGACUCCAACUCCGACACCGGCGGCCGCGUGGCCGCCGGCUUCGAGGCCAUCUUCCCGCCCUACGGCUCCACCUUCUUCGGCGGGCCCGCCGGCCGCUUCUGUGACGGCCGCCUCAUCAUCGACUUCCUCAUGGAGGCAAUUGAUAUGCCACUCCUCAAUGCGUAUUUGGAUUCUCUUGGUACACCAAGCUUUUGGACCGGUGUUAAUUUUGCUCAAGCUGGAUGUUCAAUCACACCAGCAAAGCCAACAUCAGUCAGCCCGUUUUCAUUUGGACUCCAGAUUAAGCAAUUCUUUGCCUUCAAGGAUAAAGUUACUAAGCUCCUGUCUAAAGGAGAUAUGUACAGGAAAUAUAUUCCUCAGGAAGAUUACUUUUCAGAGGGACUCUACAUGUUUGAUAUUGGGCAAAAUGAUCUUGCUGGUGAAUUCUAUUCAAAAACAGAGGACCAAGUCAUUGCAUCCAUUCCAACUAUUUUGUUGGAAUUUGAAAAUGGUCUCAAGAAACUAUAUGACCAAGGUGCUAGGAAAUUCUGGAUUCACAACACAGGUCCCCUCGGCUGCUUACCUCAAAACAUAGCCUUGUUUGGCAAAGACCCAUCCCAAUUGGAUGAGCUUCACUGUGUAGCAAAGCACAACCGUGCCGCAAAACUCUUCAACUUACAGCUGCAUGCACUUUGCACAAAGUUGAGAGGAGAAUUCGCUGGAGCCAGCAUCACUUAUGUGGACAUCCACACAAUCAAAUACAGCCUGAUCGCCAACUACUCUCUAUAUGGGUUCGAGCAUGCCACUCAAGCAUGCUGUGGAUAUGGAGGUCCACCCCUGAACUAUGAUGGUAACGUACCAUGUGGGCAGACAGUGUCUUUGAAUGGUAAGCUGGUAACUGCAAAAGGGUGCAGUGACACUACUGAAUUCGUCAAUUGGGAUGGAUUACAUUACACAGAAGCUGCAAAUUUCCAUAUUGCAUCGCAGAUCCUGACCGGGAAAUACUCUGAUCCUCCGUUUGUGGAUAAGAUGCCAUUCGUCAUAAAACCUAGAUUCUGA